GCCUCGAUAAUAGCACUUGUACCAAACAAUGAACAUCCACUCUAACGAUCAGAUGCUACAUGAUAGGAUCAACCUAGGGCGGCUUGUUAAGAGGCUCGAAACAUCCGUCGCACAGCCAGACUCGAACUAUGUCGGUGGGCAGGAAGCAUGGGUGAAGUCGCAGAGUAUGUUGCAGAAAAUCAAGUUCGCGCGUAAAUUACUGAGCAACUUGGCGUCCUUCAACGAGAUGGACUUAUCCUCCAAGUCUCGGCAGCGGAAUGAUGACCUCAGAAGAACUUUAGACCGACUGGAAAGCACUGCCGAAAGCUUGAGUGGACGUCUGUCCACGCCUUCGCCACGCCCCUCACCCUUGCUUCCUAGCAUCCCCUUACCUCUACUAUCUGCUAGAGGGAUUGAACAGCCUGUCACGCCUGCAUCGGCCAUAUCAACAGAUGGCGCGCCGCUCGCACCACCUCCAGAGCAGGAUUUGCUGCUGAGUCCCGCUGAUGAUGACCCCAUCGUUCUAUCAGAGCCGACACUCACAAAUUCCGGCAGUACUCUCUUCCUUCCCUCGUCUACUAAAGCCGCAACGACUCCAUCCCCGGCAUUCCUCCAGAACUCGUCGGUGAUCCAGCACGAGCUCUCCGCGCAGCUCGCCCAGAUGGCAGGUCAGCUGCGGCGAAAUGCCGUGCACUUCUCGGAGGUGCUUGCACGGGACCAGGCCAUCAUGAGCGAUGCGGAAGAGAAGAUCGGCGCCAACUUCGACGUGAUGAAGAAGGAGCGCGUGCGGCUGCGGGACCAUAGAGGGAAGAGCAUGGGCACGACGUGUAUCACUCUGGCUAGCAUCAUUGCAGUCGUGAUCGCCUUCAUCUGGAUGUUCUUCGUGAUUCGUCUCACGUAGGGUUUACUAUGGUUUGACUGAGACCUAAGACGCACUUUAUGCAUACACUUCAGGCAUCUAUUAUUUCCAGCCGAGCAAAUGUAUAUUUGUUAGUGAGCUG